AGAGCGCGAGCUGGGCUUUCGGCUUUAACAGUCAGUCUUGUCACACAACGUUUCGAAAGAUGUUGGGUACGGACGACCACAGGGACAAUCUGAAACGGAACGGGACAGGAAGGAAGCGUCCGUUCAGCCCACCCUCAGUGUUAGAGAUGGAGGAGGACAGGAGCGGGUUAGGAGUGGGGAUGGGGUUGACUGUGGACAGCGAGGUGUGCUGUGACCCCCAGGAGGAGGGCGUAGUCCUGGGGGAGCAGCCAGGACCAGUUGGGGGUGCCCUGCCCUCGUCUGACCACAGCAGGCCCAAGAGGGAGAGGAAACAGCGCAGUUACACAGUGUGUGACGUGUGUAACAUCCAGCUCAACUCCCCAGCCCAGGCCCAGAUACACUACAACGGCAAGUCUCACCAGAAGAGACUCAAACAGAUGAGCAACGGGAAGGUCCAGCACGGCAACACAGGCACCUCUGCCCAGGGCAACCCCCUCCUGGCCUCCCUGCCUGUUCCGGGACGGCCCCUGCAGCCCCACCUCGACCUCAAGCACUUCCUGCCCUUCAGGCUCAAUGGAUCGUCCCCCCUCAGCCUCUUCCCUAACUUCAGCACGAUGGACCCGGUGCAGAAGGCGGUGAUCAACCACACGUUUGGCGUCCCUCAGCCACUCAAGAAGAAACAGAUCAUCUCCUGUAACAUCUGUCACCUGCGCUUCAACUCCCCGAACCAGGCAGAGGCGCACUAUAAGGGGCAUAAACAUGCCCGGAAGCUGAAAGCCAUGGAGACCCAGAAGAACCGUCAGCGUCGACUUGGGGAAGCCACAUCCACAGGCAGGGAGAGAGACCGGGAACGAGACCGAGAACGGGACAGGGAGAGGGCUAAGACUGCUGCAACUGUUACACUUCCCACUGAGACCCUCCCCGCACUCAUGGACACAGGCCCGAUGGAGGCAACGAAUUUGCUGCCUGCUGACCUGGAGCGAGUGGUGAAUUGUGAGCCUGUGAAGCUGGGCAAAAGCCCCGGCAGCAUCAGCUCUGUGAUGCUGACCCCUGUAUCUGAGGUGUCCUCCAUGGAGCUGGCCACCUUGUCCCCCGGGCCCCAGGGAGAGGUGUCCCCCUCACAGGCCUCAGAGAGCGGAGCCUCAGACACCACUGGCCCAGAGCAAGGCCCAGAGGCCCCUGGAACAGCCCUGGAGUCAGGUAGCCAGCCGGACACUUCCAGUACAGAGGGGGGUGAGGAUGACAAGGACACCAAGAGGAUCAAGCCACACCUCCACUGUCCCGUGUGCAAGGUCACGGUCAACUCUACAUCCCAGCUGGAGGCACACAACAGUGGUACGAAGCACAAACAAAUGCUGGAGGGCCAGAGCGUCCAGCCGCGGCGCCGGGGGAAGAUGGCGGGGGCUGGGGGGCGCUCGGCCUGCAAGAGCAAGCGCCUGGGCACAAAGGGCAGCGUGGGGGUGCCCAGCAAGAACUUCCACUGCGAGGUGUGUGAGAUCUACGUCAACUCGGAGACCCAGCUCAGCCAGCACAUGAACAGCAGGAGACACAAGGACCGUCUGGCAGGAAAGCCCCCCAAACCCAAGUUCAGUCCCCACAACAAGAGCCAGACUACCUCCAGCUUAUCGACUGUGAGAUGGACUGGGUAUGCAGGCGGGGCCGUGUCUGCCAUGAAGAAAAUGUUCAGCCAGUACAACCUCACCUCUCUCUCUACUCAGACCAAACUGGCCUUCCAGAAGCAACUGACCAGGAGCCUGACCACUGGCUUCCUGCCCAGCCCCCUCACCCAGCCCACCUUGUGCACCAUGGCAACCAAUCCUCUGGCUCUGCGCCACCCGGUGGGCACCACCUUCUUUCAGACGCCCUUCCUGAGCCCCACCCUGUUCCGGCCUGCCCCGGGGCCCCUGAGGGCCACACACCCCUCCAUCAUCUUCUCCCCUUAUUAAUGACACAGUACAGCCCCCCGUCCCUCUGUCCCCCUCUACCAACCCCCUUGCCCUGCCUCCAUUACUGUGACCCACAUAACGAGGGCCACGCCACGCACAAACUAUGCAGACCACAGAAACCAGGAUGGAGAGAACGAGGCUAACAACUGCUCAUGUCAUGGAGGACACACCCCCAAUGCCAAGGCCCUGCCUCCUCUCCACCACACCCUAUCUGUCUGCUCCUUCUUCUGUGGUUGGUGGCCUGAGGAACAGGACACACCUCCAGGGACAGACUGGUGCAGCCAGGAGGCCUCUCUCUUACACAGCCAUUUCAUGGGUCGAUUUGGUUUGGAUUCUUAAUAUUAUUGUGUAAUUUAUUAGAGAACAAAAAUAGAUGUAUCUGUUUAGUGUGGUUGCCACAAAUAAGGUCCCUUUACGUCAUGCUACUCCUCAGAACAUUGUUUCUAUUAUUGGUUGGCUUGCUUUUUGUUGUUAUGGGUCGAUAUAGGGGAUGCUAGCAGGUGAGCCCAAUGCUCUCUGAGCUUGUGACUUUCUUCAGCCAUAUGUGGCGCUGCAGAUCUGCAGUCCUACGGACCCAAGUCUAUGAGUGGGAUCUGUCAGAACUAUAUGAACUCAUAUUUUUCCACCAAGCCCCUAUCUCCCAAACCGUUACUGGGCUCUUGUCAUUGGAACCCAGAGCUCUCAAUUGAUGUGUAGAAUAGAUUAUUAAGCCCUUUCUCUCCCUCUCUCUUUCUUUUUCUCGUUCUCUCUCUCUCUGAGUCACAGCCCAAAAUGGCCUUUCAUAAUUCAUUUUUUACCCUGCAUCCCCAGAAUUAAGCACUCAUUAAGGUCCUGAAAAGGUCAGCUUGUCAACUUGAUUUUGUCUCAAGUUGCAGAUCUGCCUCAUUAAAUAUCUUUGCUCCGUAGCAGUGCUGGUGCAUUGGUUCUGACUGUCUCUAUUUCUCUCGUUGCGGAACAGGCAGCACAAAAUCAUUUUUAAAAGCCUAGCUGUCUUAUAUUAUAAUCUGCCAUAGUUCCCUGUAUCCCAGUGAUUUUAUAGUGCUUGAUCCCCCAAUUGUACUCCCUGAGCCAUAGUCCUUAAUUUUCUCUUGAGCUAUCUCAGCAGGAGCUGAUGGAUAGCAGUGAAUGACAAUUUCCCCUUGCUCAAAAAAUACACUAAGGGGUAGAAAUUACUUGAUGGGUUUACAAUCCUCGAUUAAAGGUUUCCACUGUGCAGAGAGAUGUGUGGGUGAUGGGGGGUGUGAGAACACAUUUCCCAGAUCACCGAUUGGAUAAUCAGGAAUGGAGGGAAAGAAACAAAGCACAGUGCCAUGGCAACCACAUUAAAAGCACCUUAAACAGAUUUACUUAUGAAAGCAAUGAAAAUAUGUUCUAGUUUUUUGUUGUUGUUCCUGGCGUGAUUUUUCAUAAACUCACGACAGUUUGAUUUAGCAUUUUUCAAUCACACAAACAAUCAACUUAUAACGAUUCAAUUUUAUUGUUGUUAUUAUCCAGGCGACAGGUCUGAAUCGAAAUCUCAGAUCUAGUUCCAUUUUUAAAGCUAUAUGUUCAAUGUGUCUGUGUUUAGAGCGGUUAUACAGUAGGAGAAUAUAGGAUGUGGGGAGAUGAUAUGGAACAAUGUAUCUGUACCUUUACAGAGAUGCUGUACAGCCUACCGUACUGUAUUUGAAAGGCCAAUUCCAAGAGUAAUUUGAACUGAUGGGUUGUUGUGAUGCAUUUUUUCCUUGAUGGCCAAUCUCAUUCUCAUGAUGCUUCAGCCCUCUCUCUGUGUUGACAUUGCUGGGCUUUCACCUUACAGAGGAGCAGGACACGGCGAUUUUAUAUGGAUUACACAGAACAGCCAGUGUUAUUGAUGUCGCAAGUGCAGUAGAACACAUAAUCAUAUUCCCAUAAACCCUCUCUCCUAAACAAGUAGACCCACCUUUAAACAAACACUCAAUAGCCCCACCAGACCGGCCCCAAUACUUGGGUCUCUUGAUUUAUCCCAACACCAACUCUCUUUGCUGGUUUAUUACCAAACCCAACACUUACACCCAACCAGUCUACUUUAGCAACAGCAAAAUGGGGGAAAUCCUAUGCAGUUAUGUUGUUCCCUUCAGUUCAGUCAGUGCAAUAGUAUUUCCAUGUGUGUGACGUAGCAGCGCCACCUGCAGUGAAGACCAUGUUAUUGCCCUUCUAGAUCAAACCCAGCACUGUUUCUCCUCCAUCUUUUUAAAUCUCUUUGAUUCUGUACAUGUUUCUGAGGCCUUUGUCUAUGGGAAUAUUAAACCAAGCCAUCAGGUCUCUUUGCCAUACCAAUGUGAUUCUCUCCAGUCACAGUAAGUUACUCAGUGAACCAGCCAGCCUAUUGAUCUCCAGUGUUCUGUCUGUCUGUCUAUCUAUCUAUCAUUACAUGGGAACUCUAUGGUAUUCAGACAUUUUAAGGACAUUUUUAUUAAAUAAAUACAUCUAGAGAAGGCAAAUGAUCUAUGUAGAAAAUAUAGAGUAAAUAUAGACAUUUUAUCAAAGUUACUAUUGUUAUCUUUAUCUUGAUGAAACACUAUCUUAGCUGAGGGUAGACUGUUGAUGUAGGCUACAGCAGACACACGCUGUACAUGGAAAGGAGA